GCUUGACCUCAGAUUGACAUUUGACAUGAAAACAGAAAAACGUCAAUCAAGAAAUGUCAGUAAAUGAAAAACGAUUCAAAGACUGAAUAUUUAUAUUUUAUAUUAAAAACGUACAGAAAAACAAACUUGAAGGCCAAAUAAGUUGUUUUAUCUAAAGUGAAUUAUAAAUCAUUCAUAGUUUCUAAGGCAUUCAUUUUUAAUAAUAUAAUGUAAAGGAUCUGAAGAGUUUCUGUGUUGCGUGUUCUAAAUAAGUAUAAACAUUUUUUCAUUCUUUUUAAGAAGUAUAAUUACCAUUUAUAGCAAUGGAUCAGAUGCUUCCUAGUCCGGGUUUCAGCAUACCCAGUAUUGGCACACCUCUUCAUCAACCAGAAGAAGACCAAUUAAUUUUACCAAAUGCUCUUCAACAACAGCAACAACAAAACCAACUCCCUACUAGCAGUUCGCAAGUCCCUCCAUUAGCCCCUAUGGGUGGUACAACACCUACUCUCGGUCUUGGUAUGGGCCAUGCUAUGUCUAUGCCUCAUACCAAAUACGUAACAGGCUUUACUUUGCCUAUGAGUUCUAUGACACCUCAAACACCACAACACACCAUGAUGAGUCCUAUGGUUAAUUUGGGUGGUUCUGGACCAACAGGUUCUGGUGUGACACCCACCAUGGGACCCUCGACACCUUCGCCAAUGACUCCCAUGACCCCUCAUUCAGCAGAUCCAGGCAUAAUUCCACAAUUACAAAACAUCGUGUCAACUGUAAACCUCAGCUGCAAAUUGGACUUGAAAAAAAUUGCCCUACACGCAAGAAAUGCGGAAUAUAAUCCCAAACGUUUCGCUGCCGUCAUCAUGAGGAUUCGAGAGCCUCGUACAACAGCUCUGAUUUUUUCUUCGGGUAAAAUGGUGUGCACGGGAGCAAAAAGUGAAGAAGAUUCCAGGCUGGCUGCUAGAAAAUACGCCCGGAUCAUCCAAAAACUGGGAUUCCCCGCCAAAUUCUUGGAUUUCAAGAUACAGAACAUGGUCGGAAGUUGUGAUGUUAAGUUUCCUAUAAGGUUGGAAGGACUCGUGUUGACUCAUAGUUCUUUCAGUAGUUACGAACCUGAAUUGUUUCCCGGACUUAUUUAUCGUAUGGUGAAACCAAGGAUUGUACUUUUAAUAUUCGUGUCUGGUAAAGUAGUACUGACGGGCGCUAAAAUAAGGCAAGAAAUAUACGAAGCGUUCGAUAAUAUAUAUCCGAUUUUGAAGAGUUUUAAAAAGCAGUGAGAUUAUUUUUUUACUUUACGAUUUUUUAUAAAAA